CACACACACACAAAAACGCAUCCCAUUGAAUCAUCUCAAGCUAAAAACGAAUACUCUUAGUACUCUCUUCAUUCCAUCCCCAUAUUUCAUAUAGAAGAGAAAGGCAAAGCCAAUCCUUUUGGAAUUGAGGGAAAGGAUGAAUGCAUUGGCUUCAGAAAACAGCAGUGGGUGUGAAUCUGGCUGGACUUUGUACUUCGAGCACUCCAUGGAUGCUUCCCUCAGAGAUCAACCAUUUCUUGAUGAGAACAGAGCUGCCAUGUUUGGCAAGAGAGUUGCAGAUGAAGCUGAGGAUGAUGAUGAGGAGGAGGAGCCGGAGGAAGAGGAGGACUUGUCCAUGGUUUCUGAUGCAUCAUCCGGGCCUCCACAUCUGCAUGAAGAGUUAGAGGAGGAAGAGUGUCAUCAGUAUCAGUAUCAUGGAGGGUGUGGCAGCAACAAUGGUGGAGGGUUCAACAAGCUGACAGGGUACCAUGUUGCUGGGACAGGCGAGGACUCCGAGGGCAGGAGGAGGAAGAAGACGAAGAAGAUGGGACUGGGAGGCCACCAUCACCAUGCUUCUCAGCUUCUCGAUGACACUGCCAGCUCUCCUUUCGUCAAUUUCUUCCCCACUAAAGAGUUCGUGCUGACAAACAAUGCAACUCCUCUGAGGUAUCCCCGUGGCUUCUCAGCAGCAGAUUUUGAGGGUAAUUCUGCAUUGCCGCAUCAGUUUGGUAUCUCGCAGCCUUCUCUCUCCUCACACCAAUUUCAGGAAAACCAGGUGGUCUGAAAGGAAGAAAAUGGGGUUCAGAUGACGUUUGUGCUUUUACCAUUGCAGUAGGAAAUGACUGAUUUUGUAUUACCCAAUAUAGCAAAAAAGGGGAAAAAAAAGAGGGGCUUUUGAUCCCAAAAGAAAAGAGAGGGGAUCUCUUCAUUUUUCUCUCCAGCGUUUUCUUUGUUUUCCUUUUUCCCGGGAUGUGUAAGCAGAAGCAAUCUUUGUUGAGAGAAAAGUUGUAAGCGGAUGUGUUUUUCGAUUUCCAUCGCAAUUCCGGAGUUGCUUUCGAUUUGCCAAACAUGAAAAUUUGGCUUUGGUACUACCGCAUUGCAAUUCUAAAGUGUCAUCGGAUGAAUAUUAAACUGAUCA